AUGCGCUUGGUCUGGAUUGCUGCUGUUCUGGGCGCCUUGCCGGCCACCCAGGCCCAGUUCGUGUCGCCUCCCACGGACCUGAUUCCCACCAAAGGCUACCUCGACAUCCCCGUGCGCUACAAGGAGGUGCCCACUGGCAUCUGUGAGACGGAUCCUAGGGUGAAGAGCUUCUCGGGCUACGUGGAGGUCGCCGAGAAUGAGCACAUCUUCUUCUGGUUCUUUGAGGCUCGCAACCAAGAACCCACCGAGGCCCCGUUGACCGUCUGGAUCAAUGGAGGUCCCGGCUCAUCCUCCAUGAUUGGCCUCUUCCAAGAGCAUGGCCCCUGCGGUGUGGACUCCAAUGGCACCGUCUACAACAACCCCUACUCCUGGAACAAUGCCAGCAAUAUGCUCUACAUCGACCAGCCCGUCCAGACUGGCUUCUCCUACAGUAUCCCCGUGCCGGGCUAUGUGGAUCCCGAUACGGACAAUGUGAUUGCCCUACCCUCCCCCGUCUGCCCCGACUAUGCCUCCGACUUCUCCUGUGGCACGUACGCGUAUCCCAACGUGAGCCUGACGGCCAACACGACCGACAACGCCGCCCCCAACUUCUACCGCGCCUUGCAGGGCUUCAUGGGCGCUUUUCCCCAGUACUCGCGGGAGACCUUCCACUUUACCACCGAGAGCUACGGGGGCCACUAUGGACCCGUCUUCAACGAGUACAUCGAGGAGCAGAACGCCCAUCUCCAGCCCGGCGCCAAGAAGAUCCAGCUGGGCAGCGUGAUGAUCGGCAAUGGCUGGUAUGAUCCUAUCAUUCAGUAUCAGGCCUACUACAACUUUACCGUCUACCCCGGAAACACCUACGACUACCUCCCCUACAACAAAUCCAUCAGCUCCCUCCUCUACAACAACCUCUACGGCCCCGGCAACUGCCUGGACCAACUCUACGACUGCGCCGCCCGCGGCAUCGACGACGUCUGCAGCACCGCCGACAGCUUCUGCGCCGACGAAGUGGAGAGCAUCUACGACAACUACCUGGGUCGGGAUGAAUACGACUUCCGCGAGCUGACGCCCGAUCCCUUCCCCUACGAAUUCUACGUCGAUUACCUGAACACGCCGUCCGUCCAGGCCGCCAUCGGCGCCUACAUCAACUACACGGAGAGCAACAACGCCGUGGGGCUGGCGUUCUCCUCCACCGGCGACGACGGCCGUCUCAUGCACACCACCGACGACGUCGCCAAGCUCCUCCAGCAGAACGUCACGGUGGUCAUGUACGCCGGCGACGCCGACUACAACUGCAACUGGCUGGGCGGGGAGGCCGUCUCGCUCAAAGUGAACGCCUCGCAGUUCCACACCGCGGGGUACACCAACAUCACCACCUCCGACGGGGUCACGCACGGCCAGGUGCGCCAAGCGGGGAACUUUGCCUUUGUGCGCGUGUACGAGAGUGGCCACGAGGUGCCGUUCUAUCAGCCCUUGCUGGCCCUGGAGAUGUUCGAGCGGGUCAUCACCGGCAAGGAUGUGGCCACGGGCAAGAUUCCGGUGUCGCCGGGGUUGAAGACCGUGGGGCCGUUGAAGAGUACCUACCGUCAGGGGAAUGGGACGAUCCAGUGGGAGGUGUUGGAUCCGUUGGCAACGUAUAAUACUACGACGAAUGCGCCGAACCCGGUUACUAAGAGACACAAGCGGAUGGGUCCGGCGUUGCGGUUUCAGAUGUAG